GGCUGAGCGAGGUUGUGGGGGUAGGAAGCUAAGGUUAGAGGCUACCCGUGAGGCUAGAACCCCGAGCGUGGUCGGUUGGAGCAAAUAUGUCUGCCCGGAGGCACAUUGGGAAUCCUGAGUAUCUGACUAAAAGGAUCCCACAAAACCCAAAGUAUCAGCAUGUCAAGUCAAGACUGGACACUGGUAACAGUAUGACUAAAUACAUUGAGAAGCUAGAAGAGAUCAAAAAAAAUUAUAGAUACAAAAAAGAUGAGCUUUUCAAGAGACUAAAAGUUACGACCUUUGCCCAGCUGGUCAUCCAAGUUGCUUCCCUAUCUGAUCAAACGCUGGAAGUGACAGCUGAGGAGAUUCAAAGGCUAGAAGACAAUGAUUCUGCCACUUCGGACCCUGAUGCUGAAAUCACAGCCAGGACCAACGGGAAGGGGAGCCCUGGGGAGCAGUCACCGAGCCCCGUCCAGUUCAUAAAUAGCAUGGGAGCUGGGGACUCCAGUCGCUCAACUCUCCAGAGCGUCAUCAGUGGUGUUGGGGAACUGGAUCUAGACAAAGGGCUAGUGAAGAAAGCAGAGCCCAACACCAAAGACAAACCUUAUCCCGACUGCCCCUUCCUGCUACUAGAUGUGCGAGAUAGAGAUUCUUACCAGCAGUGCCACAUUGUUGGAGCUUACAGUUAUCCAAUUGCAACUCUGUCUAGAACAAUGAACCCUUAUUCAAAUGAUAUUCUUGAAUAUAAAAAUGCCCAUGGCAAGAUCAUCAUUCUCUAUGACGACGAUGAGAGGCUGGCCAGCCAGGCGGCCACCACCAUGUGUGAGCGGGGGUUUGAAAACCUCUUCAUGCUUUCCGGAGGUCUAAAGGUGUUAGCUCAGAAAUUCCCAGAAGGACUGAUUACGGGUUCCCUGCCAGCGUCUUGCCAGCAAGCCGUUCCUCCUGGUUCUGCCCGGAAACGAUCCAGCCCCAAAGUGCCACCCCCGCUGGCUGAGAAUAAGUGGCGAUUUACCCCAGAAGACCUAAAAAAGAUAGAAUAUUACCUGGAAGACGAUCAAGGUUCUGCAGACGACCCCAGCCGGCUGAGCCAAGCUAAUGCCUCCGGGAGAGACUCCAAGGUUUCAGGCAGCCGCAGCGGUCAGAGCCUGCCCGCCGGGGGCCCUGCCGGCCACCCGACCCCCCGCUCGCUCGUCAGUGGCCACCUGCAAGGCAAACCCUGGAAGUAAAGACUUUGUCUGUCUUAGUUGAGUACAUGUUUUGUCUCCUUCCGGAACCCCUGCGCAGUUCCCCAGUUGGUCACUUCCAGAAACUGCUGCAGAGGCAAGACCACGACCUGUGUGCUAGGCCCUCCUCCCUCUUCCUGUCUCCUGCUCCUCUCCCGCCUUCAACUCGGGAAGGAGUUUUACAAAAGCCAGAGCAUGACAGGCUCUAGUGUCCUCCCUAUGGUUUACAGAAUACUUCAGUCUCUGAAACUGAGGAGGAAAAAAAGAGUCUAAUUUUUUUUUAGGCUUUAAUGUUUUUAAAUCAGGUCCGGCUUGUUUCGGUCUGUAUCCUGCAUUGUUUUGUCAGGGCUUCCGUCCCAUCCGGUGUGCGUUUCCCAACCAGUUCCUUCUCACUCACUGGUCUCGGUUUCAUGAAAGUUCUCCAGGUAGGCUGUGCGGCUGGGGGCGCAGGGGAUUCUUAGCUUUGGGCCUUCCCAGGUGCCCCCGCCCUCAGGUGUGGGCCCACCGGCCGCGGCGCUCUUCCCAGCACACACUGUAGGCUCGGUCGUGAGUUUAGAGCCGGUACCUGGGAGCAUCGCUCAGUUUUAAGAUUCAGUAGAGCAGCUCUCACACUUCCCGAACAUUCCUCCUCAGUAGCCACUUUCCCGGAGCCAGCUCAGGUGACGAGGUGUGCUCAGCUCACCUUCACACAGGGUUCGGGCCCCUCCCAGGACAGCCCCGUCCAUUGUACAGAGCUGUGUCCAGAGCCACGGAAGCCCCCCGCCCGAGCUGUCCCUCAUUUGCAGGUGGUGGGUCAGUUAUGAAUUUCCAUUACCAGCUCGGGCCCGUCCAUCGGAGAUGGGUAAAAAUGAUCAGCUUCGGAUGGGCCACGGCGGGCACACAGGUGAGGACCCCUUUAUGGUCCUUUGUCAGAGCUGACAGCCCCUUAAGCUGUUGCUUAAAAUACAGUAUUAGUCUAAUUGAGUAAUUAAUGCAAUUUCCUGCUUACUUUUCAUUCUCAUGACUGAGCUGUGAUUAGGAGGUUGUGAUUAUAGAUUCUGGUUUGGGCCAGAAUUUUGAAUCAGCAUUAAUUGAAUUGCUAGAUGACUGACAUCCAUUCCAUUUAAUUGGGGGAACAAAAAACCUCAGGUAAGGAUGAGGAACUCUGAAAUCCUCAGGAAAAGGAAAAGAGCCGUGUUCAUUUUUAUGGUCUGUGAUCUGUAGCUGUGAUAAGGGACUGAGGAAUAAAUUUGCUCUUUGUCAUGGCAACCAGCUUCUGAAAAGCCAACUGAAAAUUGCCUAUCCUUAGGUGGUUACUGCUGCUGGGUAAGAUUUGCCUUAAUGGUACUAUUUCCUCACCAUCAAAAAAAAAAAAAAAAAAAACCCAAAAAAAGUACCACAGUAUUUCCAGCAUGUGGGGGGGGAGGGCUGUGUUUGUAAGAGAAAUAAUGGUAGUAAAUAUCUCGUGGAGGCAUAUGGAAAAAGAACUUUCAGAUUCAGCCCAGUUCUGUUUUAGUGUUUAUUCCUCUCUACUUGAUUUCCAAAGUACAACAUUUUCCGAUGCUUUAGAAGUCAAACAAACCAGCGACAUUGUUCAGAUGUCAAGCCGUGCCCAAUUUUCCACAAGAUUCAAGAAUCUUGUAUAAAAUUCAGCCAACGUACACAUAGCUGUAAUGAGGAGCCUGUCAUGUUUCCCCAUAAAUUUAUUGCCUGAGAACUUAGUUCAGCCUUUUGCUAAUGCCAAAACGCCCUGGCUUUUUAUUUUCUUUACAGCAUAGAUUUUUUCAAAUGCAAAUUUUUCCACACUCAACUUUCCCCUAGCAUGGACAAGAUUUUCAGCCAUUUCUGACACAUAUACAUUUUUAAGGGGGAAAAAAAUUGUUUUCUCUGUAACAAAGUUCUGGUUAUGCCAUUUUAAAGUUGACUAGUCAGGAGUUUAGAUUUCCCCACUCGUUCUAUUUGGAGAGUACAUGGUGGGCCCCCUUUCUUCCUGUUCUGCACCCUCACCACGAAACAACACCCGAGUGUCAGAAACUACUGUGGAUAUGUGCAAAGUCAGGUUAGCCAGACCUGUUAGCAUUGCUGCGUGUUUAGCCGAGCAAUCUGGCAGGAUGAGUAUGUUUAUGUGGUUUCCCCAGAGUGCUUUGUCCUCUUGGUAAGGCUUUUAAACAACUGCUCCUCAAAGACCUGCUCCGAUUCUGCACUCUGGGUGUUAAAUGUCACUCGCAGACAGUUUUUAUGUGCUCAAGGCACGGCUUUGAGUGUUCUACUUUACUCGUUUCUUCAUUGGGUUAACUGACGUGUAUUAUUUAAGUGACCGGUGAUACUUUGUGCAAUUGUGAAGAGUGGAGAUUAAAGUCCAUAGUUGUUGUUUGCUAUUAAUAAUAAUGCUGAGAUCUGCCAACUCCUCUCUUCCUCUCUGUUGAGAUGAUUUGGGGGAGCCAUGUGAGACUGGGAUGAUUUGAAAGAGUACCUCUUUUUGCUGCAUCUCCCAGGAAGGCAUAUAUUCUUUGUAUAAAUAAAUCAGGAAAUCAUUUCAGUUAGGGCCAGGGACCUCUGCUCUCUAGUCAGAGGUCUGGGUUUCUCUUCAUGCUGAGGCAGGGACUAAUUGCCAUUUUAAACACAUGACAGCAGGACUUCCCUGACAAUGUUUCAGGGGGUGAUGAGCUGUCCUUGCCUGGUAACCCCUCAGAUGGAAGGUGAUUUAUCGAUGGACAGCUUCAGCUCCAUCUGAGCCGUGGUGAUGGCCAACCUCUAAAUAAUACAGUGCUUUAAAGAGGUAUGUAUUUAAGAAAAAAAGGAGGGAAAGAAAGGGAGAGGCAAGGAAACAAGAAGUAGGGAGGGAGGGAAAAGCUACAUUACACGUUUGAAAAUAAAAAGAACAUCUUGAGCUGUAAUAAUGUCCGCUUUAAUGUACUGAAAGGUAAAGAAUGAUUCAAAUGACCUAAAAGUCAUUUUGUUUUUCACCUUGACUGGAAAACCAGAACCAGCACAAUCAUAGGACUUGGUGUAAAACAGAAUUAGAAGAGAACAAAUAAUGUUCAUUAGUUGCUGAGGGAUUUUUCCUGUGGUGCUAUGGAGAUUAUACAAAACUUCUUAAAGCUUUAGGCUACUCACCAAGAACACAGAACAAAACAAAAACCUUCUUUUCUCUAAGUCCCUUGUGGAAUAUAAGUGAAAUAAGUCCUAGACUAGGAAUAAAUAUGUAGGUAAUUUUUCUUGUGUUGGUUUUGGUUUCUGUGAUGUUAUAUAUUGGUUAUUAUAUUUUUUUUAUGUUAUCUGACUUUUUAAAGGGGGAUAGUUAAUUUCUGUCCACCUGGAUUUAAAUCCACAACUGCCUUCUUGCUUUACUCUGAAGAUAAUCAAGAACCCUUCUUUCUCCAGUUCCAAAAUGUUCUCAGUGUCUUUAAUGUACGUUUAUUUUCUUCACAAUUCUUUCAAAGAUGUAACUCCCGUAAUACUUUUCUUUUUUUUUAAGAAACGUGGAUUCUAAUUCAUCAGCAUAAUUAUGUGAGCAUGGUGACAUGCUUAUAUGCAGUUCAAUUAAUUUUUUGAUUAACAAAUACAUUUCCUUGUAAAAACCCUAAAUAAGACGCUGUGCUUCCAAAGCGUUCAGUAUACAUCUGAGUAGUAGCACUUGCCCAGAAUUGUAGUAAUUAUUGAAGCUGUCUGUUGUGGUAUCCUUAAAUUGGUUCACAGGUCAAGUGUAGCAUAAAAUACGUUAACGGUAGAAAUGUGUCCGCGUUGCAUUCUGACAGAACGGGUUUCGGUGCAUGAUUUUAUGUGUGUUUGCAAAACUGUGUUUGUCACCCCGCGAUCCCCUUGUGAUCGCUCACUCCCCGGUGCUGACGCCUUUGUUCUGAAGGCAGAAGCAGAUUCUCGUGGCUGGUGCAACAUCCUGAAGGCCCAGGAUAAAAUGCGAGGCAAACAGAAGUCAUUGACGGACUACAGUUUGUAAAUUAUUUGAAAUUAUUUUGACUGUAUAUAAGCUCUUAGAGGGUGAAAAUCAGUGCCAUGACGAUGGCCCUUAAUAAGGGUGUGCGACUCGAUGAAUUAAGCCUGGCAAGACUGAAGUCUGGGACGCAAUGCGGUUGUGGCGGCCACUCAACACGGGGCUGCCAUCCUGGAGAUUUGGAAAGCUCUGCAUCUUUUCUCCCCUUGUACUACAUCCUGUUUUUGCAGGAGAGGCAUUCACAACCGGAGGUUUUUAGAUUACCCCUGCAGGAGGCUCCCAGAGAGCUGUUAGGGGCGUUGUCAUUCAACCAGGCCUGUUUUCACAGUCCCUUCAGGCUCAAAGUGACCUUCAGAAUUCAUCAGUGUAAUUCAUCACCAUCCCCAUCGGAGAGUGGGGUAUUUUCUCUCUCUUGUUUCAAAUCUUGACGAUUUCCAGAAAAUAGACAUUUAUGGAGAGCUGACUGUGUGUUAGGCAAUGUUCCUAGAUUCUUUGUUUUAUGUUUAGACUCAUUUAAUUCUCAAACAACAGUCCUGCGAGGUAGGCUCCCCCAUUCUCAGGUGAGGAGGCUGAGGGUCGAGUGGAGGUUGACCAACUUGCCCUGAGUCACCGAGCUAGAAGGUGGAGACGCCAGGAUCCAGCUUGAGAACUAUAGCUCCUGAGCAAGUUCAUUCAGCCACUCAGCUCACGCUUCCCACCCCGGGUAGGUACAGCCAUGCUGUCCCUCGGCAUGCCGCCAGUGUACCAACGAAAAUGUGACUUUCCCUUGGCUGUUGGCUUCCCUCCUCGUCACCUGAAAUUCCACUGAGUGCUUUCCUCCUCUGCCUGCACGAAAGGUGAUGGAAAUUGAGGGACUGAAACGUCUGCCCUUGACACUAUGUAUUUCCACAUUUCCACAGUCUGUGUCUGGGGGCCUGCCUUGAAGACAGGUGUUCCAAGGUGUCUACGGUUUGUUUCUUAGUGAUACCUACUGAGGUAUCACUUAAGGAAUGAGAGUUACAAACUCCCCAUUAGACUGUAGGAACAAAGUAAGCUGUUUCCCUGAGAGGUUGAACUAUCCAUUCAAUAAACCAUAUUGAUAUGACUUGUGUCUGGUCUCUUCUCUCCUUUGUGGUGACAUUUCUGAUUUAGGCUGAGACAGAAAUUCCACGAAUUGGCCCACGGUCACAGGCCUGGGUUUCACGGGAGGAAGCAGCGGCCACCCUUUGUGCCUCAGUUGGUGUUAGCAGAGCUCCUGUUCCACUGCAAUCUUCUAGAAUCUCGCCGAACACUACUACUACUAUGGCUAAGCAAGAGACUUUUCGUUUGCUUCUUUUAGUUUGGCAAGCAACAUUUGGCAGUCUCGGUCUCCGGGGUUGUUAGAUGAUGUUCACAGUUUGAGUUGCCAAAUGAAUGCAGAUCGUGAAAGCUUUGGGGAGAAUUCAUUACCCUUUGACAGUUUUUCAGAGUUGACGGGUGCUCUGUGCUUUUUUUCUCAGAGCUCUUCCUUCAUCUGGCCAAUUUGAAUGUUACGGUUGGUCAUAUCAAUUUCCUGAAAGUAGCCUCUGGGUCUCAGUAUGUUCACAGAGUGACGUUUCUGUCCUUAGAGUCCUCAGAACGUGAGUCCAUCUGCAUCUCCAAAUCCACCUACUCCCACCUCGCCCUUGCAAAACAAUUGCUGAGAUGAUGAAUAGCCAGCCCUGCACCAGAUGAGGGACCACUGAGGUCAUAUCUGGAUUGUAUUCAAUGACAGUUCAGUUUUAACUUCAAGCCAAAGCCAGAAAGCUAGAUAUGCAUAUCUCAGUGUUAAUUCAAGAGACCACCCAAAGGAUUCUUGUGGACCACCAAUGGCCCACAGGCCACAUUGAGAGCCAUAGAUAAUGGUCUAAGGAAAAGGUAAAAUGAGUUCAUUUAAAAAUAAGGAGUUUUGAAAGCCCUGGAGAAUAGGCAUCACAAUUAGCAUAAUCAAUCCCCAGAUUGCUAUGGGAACUGAAUGUGAGCAGAAAGGCUCUUGGGAAUUUUCAUCGGAGCUAUAGCAGAGUGCUUGGGGAAUGGUCCCCAGCUGGGGGACACGAGUAACCCUUUCCCUUGGUAGAGACACUGCUGCUUCCAGCUCUAUCUGGAGUGUAAAUUUUUCCAAAGACAAGACAAGUGCAUUGUUCUGGGCAAGAAGGUAAAAUAUGAUGCCAGAACAAAAGACAUGAGUUGAGACAAAUUAUAAAAAAGAAUAUGGGCACAAAUUAAGAUGGCCCUUUAGAUGUUUGAUGUUGAUAAUAAGCUGAUACUCCAUAACUUUACCCACGGGUUAUCUGGUGUGUUGGAAAGAUCUUCCCCACCCCACCCCACCCGACCCCCAAUUAUAAAAGCUCACUGCAAGAAAUUAAGUAUAAAGAGGAAAACCACCCAGAGUAACCACAAUUACUGGGGACUAUAUCCUUUCAGGCAUAGUGUGUAGUGUGUGUGUAUGUAUGUUUCAAACAAAAUUGAUAUUCAUACUCGUACUAUUUUGCAACCAGCUUUUUUUCUUAACUGUAUGGAAGCAUAAAUCACAUGCCAUAAAAUUCACCCAUUCUAAACAUACAAUUCAGUGAUUUUUUAGUAAAUUUACAGUGUUGUGCAACCAUCACCACAAUCCUGUUUUAGAACAUUUCCAUCAUAGGGGCCAGCUUUUUUCACUUCGUCUGUUGUGACCAUUUUUCCA